AUGAGGAAGCUCUGCCCGAACCUCGAGCGCGAUGACGCGCUGGACACGGUGCUCGAGGUGCCCAUCCCCGAGGAGAUGUUCUCCGGCGGCGGCCGCGGCGGCUCCCGCGGGUCCAGGUUCGGCUGCACGGCGUGGAUGCGGUCGCACGCCGCCGACCGAUCCGGCGCGGGCGAGCCGUGCUCCAUGAGCCGCGGGGAGCUGCAGCUCAUGCUAGGCGUCAUCGGCGCGCCGCUCAUCCCGCUGCCCGUCUACCAUGCCAAGCAGUCGCCCUGCUCUGUCCUCUGCGAGCAGCUCAAGUCCGAUCCCAUUGAGUCAUCGUCCGCCAAGUACAUCGUGCAGCAGUACAUAGCGGCGUCGGGCGGGGAGUGGGCGCUGAACAAGGUGAAGAGCAUGUACGCGAUGGGCAAGGUGCGGAUGACGGCUGCGGAGCUCAACAGCAGCGACGCCGACGGCCACGGCGGCGGCGGCGGCGGAGGCGGAGGCACCGGAAACGGGCGCCGCGGCGGGAAGAAGGGCAGCAAGGGCUGCGGCGGCGAGAUCGGCGGGUUCGUGCUGUGGCAGAAGAAGCCGGAGCUGUGGUGCCUGGAGCUCGUCGUGUCCGGCUGCAAGAUCAGCGCCGGCAGCGACGGCAUGGUGGCGUGGCGCCAGACGCCGUGGCACCAGUCGCACGCCUCCCGCGGUCCCCCGCGCCCGCUCCGCCGUUCGCUCCAGGGCCUCGAUCCGCAGCUGACGGCGAGCCUGUUCGCGGACUCGGUGUGCAUCGGCGAGCGGAGCAUCGACGGCGAGGACUGCUUCGUGCUCAAGGUGGAGGCGGAGGCGUCCAGCCUGCGCGCGCGCAACAGCAGCAGCGUCGAGAUCAUCCGGCACACGGUGUGGGGCUACUUCAGCCAGCGCACAGGCCUGCUGGUGCAGCUCGAGGACUCGCACCUGCUGCAGAUCAAGUCCAGCGGCGGCGUCGGUGGGAGCGUCUUCUGGGAGACCACCAUGGAGUCCCGCCUCGGCGACUACCGCGCCGUCGACGGCGUGAACAUCGCCCACGCCGGCCGCACCGCCGUCUCGCUCGUCAGGUUCGGUGACUGCCAAGACGGCAACACCAGGACGCGCAUGGAGGAGACGUGGAACAUCGAGGAGGUGGACUUCAACAUCUGGGGCCUGUCCAUGGACUGCUUCCUGCCGCCCAGCGACCUCAGGGAGGGCAAGGAGAGCCAGGACGUCGCCAUCGUCAAGGCCGACGCGCGACCACCGCCGAUAAGGAUACCGGCGGUGACCGUGCGCGUCGGGCCCUCGCAGGUGGCUGCCGUGAACAUGGACGACUCGGACUCGCUCAUCGCGAGGUCAUGA